AUGGGUAAACUUACCCACCCUCUUCAGGGUGCCUUUGUCCUUGAUCGGUUAAUUCAAGACAACAUUUUGCUGGCCCGUGAGGUUUUCCAUUCCUUUCGAAAAAAAGGGGGAACCUCGGGAUGGUUAGCUAUUAAGCUUGAUAUAGAGAAGGCUUAUGAUAGAUUAGAAUGGUCGUUCAUCUUUGAGAUGCUUGCCCAGCUAGGUUUCGAUGCCCGUUGGAUUGGAUGGAUCAGGGAAUGUAUCAAGACUGCAUCUUUUUCGGUACUAGUUUAUGGUAUCACUGGUGCCUCUUUUUCAUCAUCAAGGGGUAUCCGCCAAGGUGAUACUCUCUCUCUGUACCUUUUGAUUUUAUGUGCAGAGUUGCUUGCUCGCAACUUGUCGCUCGCUGGUAACCAGCGUGAUAAACUAAAUGGUGUCUCGGUUGGACACUCAGGAGUUCGUAUCCCUUUUCUAACUUUUUCAUAUGAUACUAUGAUUUUCGCCAAAGCAUCCGAAUCUAGUUGUCGUUUGAUUAGAGCGAUUUUAAAUAAGUAUUUUUCCCAUUCUGGUCAAUUAGUGAACUAUCACAAAUCCUCGUUCCAGGUAACUUCGAAUAUUUCUAACUAUAUGAAGGCAAAUUUUGCUAAUGUUUUGGUCAUGGUCGAGUCUCAAGAUCUUGGGGAGUACCUUCGUUAUCCAAUUAUUACGUCCAGAGUUACUAAAGAAACAUUUGGUAAAGUAGCUUCUAAAGUCACCAAUCAGCUACCUAAGUGGAAAGCUAAUUCCCGUUCUCAAGCUGGUCGGUUAGUUUUAAUUCAAUCAAACUUAACAACCAAAGACAAUUACCAAAUGCAAAGCUUCUAUUUGCCUAAGUCAAUUUUAACUUCUUUGGAUAAAACUUAUAGAAUUUUUUUUUGGAAUAAAGAUGCUUCUAAUGCUUCCACCAACCUGAUUGGUUGGGAUAGGAUUUGCAAACCCAAAUGUUUUGGUGGUCUGGGAUUGAGGAAAGCAGAUACCAAUAAUAUUGCAAUGCAGUUUAAACUUCUUUGGAAAUUUCUUACGAACAAUAAUAAUCUUUGGGUGAAACUCGUUCGUUAA